AAACGAUUUAGAUAUACAUGUAUCACGAGUGUCAGUGUCCGGUUCGCUUGGUCUUAGCUGGGACAGGUAUUCAAUUAGCCGCAUAAAAUAUCAUAACUCUCUAUAGGGACAGGCAAAGGCACUCCGAAACUUGGACGUAUAGAGUGAAUCAAGAGGACAAUCAGAACAUACUGACAUGAACUUGCUGAGGACGACCACAAACUUAUAUCAAAACUCUUCGAGGAUAAAGCUAGGAACAUCCUGACCAGGUUUGUGCAUUUUAUCACCCCAGCUAUACAUUUAAAGGGGGACUGAAUAGACCGUGAGGUUCAGGCGAGCUUAUAUAACGACUUGAUGGGGACACCCUUCAACUUUGGAUACGACCUGACGCUUAUUGGCGUAACCUGCAUUGACUCAGCAGCUCCACGCUGAAGACAACUGAGAUAAAACGGAAAGACAACUAGUCGAUAGACUACACUCAGAAACUCAGUUCUGAAUACUUGCGCAUUAUACGACUCUUGGCGCAUUUAGCCCAAUCAUUUCGAUGCGAAAAUCGAAUGAGGAAACCUUCUGUGUAAGUCCACAUGGUCCCCGAAAUGGAUAUAUGGAGAGGACAGUUUGCACCAGACUGUUGUCCUUACUUCUCGUUACAAGCGGAGUGAGCUUCUCCAAUGCAACUCCAACAACAAAACAGAGAGUUAUCACAACGACAUGUGAAUUCGGGCGUGGCCGCGGCACUCGGCACCUCUUUCCCGAACUGGACUCGUCUGGUCUCAUCACAUCCCCGAACUGGCCAGGGACGUACUUGCCGAAGACAGCCGCCUGUCGGGUCGCGCUCACUACCUGCCAGAACUGUUAUAUUGACUUUGGGUUUGAGAGUUUGGACCUGCCUGAUUGUGAUGGGGAAUUGUUCAGUAAUUAUACGGCGUUGGAGUUGGAGAAAAGGUGUGGUGAGAAACAGGGAUGCGACUAUAUUUUAAUGAAAGAUGGCAACAAAUCGGCCGAUGUAUUCACUGGGUCGCUAACUGGUCAUGUUUACGUCCCAAUGUCGAACAAUGUCGAACUGCAGUUCUGCUCCACCAAGACGAAGUCAGAGUCAGCAAGACAAUGGAGGAUUAGCUACGUCAUCAGAGAGACAGGGAUCCCGAAGUCCUGUUACUACAGUGUCGAGCUGAGGCACACAUGCGCAGAUGGGAAAUGCACUGAUUCACUAGAGGAUUGCGCAAUGGAAAUCUCGCUCUACCCUCCUACUCAUCCAUCCCCUCCAGCCAUCCCGGACCACGCCCUUAUCGGGAUUGUGGGCUUCCUGGUGUUUGUCAUCCUGGUCGUCAUCCUCGGGCUCACGUGUAACCAGAGCAUUCGUGUGGCGGUCAAGUAUCUCAAGUAUAAACUUCAAAAGGAGUCGGAUCACAGCAUCAAGGCAGACAGUGAGACGUCCUUCGAGGACAGUGAUGUCGAGAGCGACUGUUCAGAGGAUAUAAACAGUCAGGGCAGGGACACUCUCCGCCCCGUGGCGAGGGCAGACCUCCCUCAUGUAGGGGUCAAGUGUAAGGAAUGCUUCCAUUGUGACUUUCUAUCACCAUGGGAACAUUAUUAGACCACGGGAGGAAUAGUCAGGGAAGGGACACUCUGAAUUCCAUGCCAAGAAAGGACCUUCCUAUUGUGGGGUUAAAGAAUAUGACCAAUUUGUAUGACAAAUUAUAGUUUAUUGUUUAUC